CAUUUAUUUAACAAAAAAUUAUGACUACAUAUCAGCAAGCAAAAUAGGGUUUAAAGCUUACUCAUUUCAGCAAGAGGCAGCUCUUUUGUAUCUUUUGCCUCCUGCUGUUUCAGGUCCUUGUAGAGAACACAAACAGCUGUAAAUCAUGGCUGAGCAGACUGAAAAGGCAUUUUUGAAACAACCCAAAGUGUUUCUCAGUUCAAAGAAAUCUGGGAAAGGAAAGAGGCCUGGAAAAGGUGGAAACAGAUUCUGGAAGAGUAUUGGAUUGAGUUUCAAGACUCCCAGAGAAGCCACUGAAGGAACUUAUAUUGAUAAAAAAUGCCCCUUCACCGGCACUGUUUCUAUUCGAGGUCGUAUCUUAGCUGGAACUUGUCAUAGUGCCAAGAUGGUGAGGACCAUUAUUGUUCGGCGGAACUAUCUUCACUGGGUCAAGAAAUACCAAAGAUAUGAGAAGAGGCAUUCAAAUAUUCCAGCGCACACAUCGCCAUGCUUCCGUGUGAGGGAAGGCGAUCAUGUCAUCAUCGGGCAAUGCAGGCCACUGUCCAAGACUGUUAGAUUUAAUGUAUUGAAAGUGAUUCCUGCUGGUUCUGCUGCUGGUGGGAAGAAGGCCUUCACAGGAAUGUGAGGUUGAACUUCCAUUUUUUCUGUUCAUGCUGGUGUUACAGCCAUAUUGGUUUUAGGGUUAUCUGUAAGAGGCAACUCCUGGAGUUUUGAACAGCAUAGUUUGACAGCAAAUGAACAAUGAGAUUAUUUUUUCCCCCUUCAUUUUCGUGUUUUUAAUUAUAUCAUGAUUGUCGAAGAUACCACUGCUACUGUUUAUCAAUAGUAUUGGAAUUUGUUGCUUCA